AUGGCACGAUCUCGUUCUUUGAACGCUAAGUAUGCGGCAAGUUACCGCAAGCGGAAGAGGCAGGUGCCUCCAUCGACCUGUGAAGGAGAGGAAGGAGAGCCGAGUCGCUUUUCGAGGCGAGUAGAGCAGCAGCAGGAAGGAGGACCGAGUCGCCGUGUGGGGCGAGUGGAGAUGGAUGGACAGACGAGACGAGCGGAGGAGGAAGAAGUGGAAGUGGUGCCAAGUCCGUUGGCACAGACGAGGCGAGCGGAGGAGGAAGAAGUGGAUGAACGAACGAGUGUCGAAGUGGUGCCAAGUCCGUUGGCUUCAGGAGCAAGCGCGAUUCGUGAAGAACACUCGAUUGGAUGCAUUACUGAUAUGGUGCGUAUCUAUGAAAGGGCUAGCAAAGAACUAAAAAGGCGAUUUACUGAUAACGAUUUUGGUGUAGCGUGUAGCGUUUGCGACCGUUUAUGGUUCGAAAGUGAUUUAAAAACGAUCAGCAGUGUAGAGGAAAAUGUACUCAGAAUGGGAUCUUUUGAAUCUGCGGAGGGGUUCAGGGUUUGUCAGACAUGUCGUAGCAGUUUGAAGCGUGGCAUAGUGCCAAAGCUGGCUACAACGAAUGGAUUUGUAUAUCCAGUUCGUCCUGCGGGUUUACCUCCUCUCGAUCCCAUUAGUGAAAGAUUGAUUUCUCCACGAUUACCUUUUAUGCAAAUCCGACGUUUACGUCAUGCUGCAGGUAGUCAUUCAAUAAUGGGCCAGAUUAUUAAUGUACCAGUGGAUGUACCUGAUAUGAUUCGCGUACUCCCAAGAAACAUUGAUGACGAUUAUGCGUUCAAUGUUAGUAUAAAGAAGCAUUUAAUUCACAAAUCUUCUUAUUUAAAUGGGUUUAUAAAGAAGAAUACAGUGAAUAAGUGGCUCGAGUAUCUUGUUGAUACUCCGUUAUAUCGUAGAUAUGGCAUAGUUAUCAAUCAAGAUCAGUUGAAUGGGCUUGAUCAACCAUCGUCAGCACUUUCUGAAGCUGACGAGUUGGAAACCAUCGAUACUUCGAGCGACUAUGAGUUAUUGAUUGGGCAACAACAAACGCUUCUUUGGAAUGAGGACAAGUGUUUGGAGAUUGCACCCGGCCAGAACAGAGUACCUUUGUCAUUAAUUUUUGAUGAAUUUGGGGAGGAACUUUCUUUUCCUGAUAUUUAUUUUGGACAUCCACGUUCCUUUAAAGCUGAUGUUCAUGUAACCGCCUUUAUGAUGGCUACAAGUGAACUUAGACGUCGCGAUAGACGAGGUGCAAAACCACAACAUUUACUUUAUAUGGCCGUAAAAAUACUUCGCCUUCGUGUUUCUGAUGGUUUGCAAAAUACAUUUAAAUGUAUGGGAACUGCAAAUAUUACCCGUGCGAUGUUGAAGGAUCGAAAUUUCUUGGAGACUUGCAUUGAGCGUAACUUGUCAUUUCUCAAGUCUAUCCCCAAUUCAGUCCAAUAUUGGCAACAACGCAAACGUGAUGUCUUUGCCAUGAUUCGUCAACUUGGCCGACCAACAGCGUUCAUGACAUUGAGUGCUAAUGAAACUCGAUGGCCUAAUUUGUUGAGAAUUUUGCAUAAACUUUCCGGUGAGCAUAAUAUCGACUUAACAGAUCCCAUUGAUCAAUUAAGUGCUCUUCAGCGAACUAUGCUUGUUAAUGAGGAUCCUGUAACCUGUUGCAUUUAUUUUAACAGGUUGGUUGAUACUUUAAUGAACAUACUCUCUUCUCGACGAUAUAGUCCGUUUGGUGAGUAUUAUGUGGUUGAUUAUUUCAAACGAAUAGAGUUUCAGCACCGUGGUAGUCCACAUGCUCACAUAUUGCUGUGGUUAAAUAAUGAUCCUCAAGAAACAAAUUCAGAAAAUAUGCCUGCUACAGUGGAACUUAUAGAUUUUCUAUGUUCUGUUAGUGCCAAUGGCAAUCAGAUUCAUAAACAUACAUUUACGUGUUACAAGCGGAAUGAAAAACAAUGUCGGUUCAAUAUCCCUUAUUGGCCCAUGGAUCGAACUAGAAUUUUGUUGCCGAUGGCAUCGAAUAAUUCGCGCCGUAAUCAGCUAACAUCAAAAGCAAGGCAAAUGCGCGAAAUAUUGAAUAUUAAGGUAUAUGCAACACUGGAUGACUAUCUUUCUGACUGCAAUUGUUCGUACGAUAACUAUUUGGAUGUUAUUCGUGCUUCUUUGCAACGACCCACAGUUCUUUUGAAACGAUGCAUGGAAGAAUUAUGGACUAAUCCAUACCAUCCAUGGGUUGCCAACGAACUACAGUCGAACAUGGAUCUUCAAUUUAUUAUGGACGAAUAUUCAUGUGCUGCGUAUGUAGUUGAAUAUGUAAACAAAACAAAUAGAGGCAUUAGUAGCUUGCAUCUUGAAUUAGUCAAGUUACAAGAAGAAUACCCUGAUCAAGAUUACGCUGCCCUACUGAAGAAGGUCAGUAUUAAAAUGCUGAAUUCAGUAGAAAUGUGUGCCCAGGAAGCUGCUUGGUAUUUACUACGGCAGCCAAUGUCAGAAGCCAGCAGACAAGUUGAAUUUAUACCAACAAUGUGGCCACAUGAACGUAUAAAAUCUAGAAAACACACAAAACAAAUGGACGAGGAAGGCAUCGAUGAUGAUUCGACCGAUGUGUGGACGCUGAACAUAAUACAGAAAUAUGAGAAGCGCGAGGGUCUCGUAAAUAUUUGUUUAGCAGAUUUUGUAGCGUGUUACACGAAGGAUAAAAGUAGUAGUAACACAUAUAAACAACGAAGUAUACCUCGAGUAAUCCGGUGGAGAAAAUAUAAAAUGACAGAAUUAAACGAUUACAAGCGUGAAAUGGUACUUCUAUUUCUACCAUUCCGGAAUGAAACUUGCGAUAUUCUUGAUCGUAACAAAUUCAUUGACUUGUAUAACCAAAACGAAACUUUCAUAUUGAACAAAUUGAAACAAUAUGAUUGUGAUAUUAAUCUCGAACAAGUCGUCGAGGAAUAUCUUCGUAUAACUGAAGAAAGUGAAAGUGACGAUCUUCAAAAUGCAGCCAACGAGAAACACAAUGAAUUCGUACGGGCUAUUAUCAUGGAGCCCAACGAUGACGAUAUUGAACAAUUGCCUAGUGGUGCUCUAGCAGCGGUCGUUAAGAAACGUACCAAUGUUAUGAGUAAGCAAGACUAUUGUGCUCUAGUCAGGACUACAAAUGUAGAACAACGAAGUUUGAUUUUACAUUUAAUUGAUAUCUUGCACAGCUUCGACGGAACGAACACACCUUUGCAGAUAUUUUUCACUGGUCCUGCAGGAUGUGGUAAAACGUUUACACUUCGCAUACUGAUGGAGACAUAUAAUCGUUUCAGUCAGGCACAUAAUUCACUGAAAAAUGCAUAUGUUGCUUGUGCAUCUACGGGCAAAGCCGCUGUAGCUAUUGGUGGCACCACAGUGCAUUCCGCUUUUCGCAUUACAAUGGCUCGCAGAAAUAAUUCAAAACUUGGGUUUGAAACUCUUCAACUGUAUCGUAAUGCUUUUAAUGGCGUUAAAGCGAUCACUAUUGAUGAAGUUAGUAUGAUAGGUGCAGAUGUGCUAAAUAUCAUUCACUCUCGGUUGCAAGAUAUCACCGGAAACUAUGACGAUCCGUUUGGCGGAAUUCACCUCAUAUUUUGUGGCGAUCUUCGUCAAUUACCACCUGUCAAUGCUCGACCAGUUUACAAAUCAUGUAGAAACUCUAUUCAUGGUCCUGUGCUGUGGCAGUCCCUGAAUUUCUUUCCAUUAAAGCAAGUUAUGCGGCAAUCCGAUAUUCAAUUUUCCACUAUUCUCACUAAAAUUGGCAAUGGCGAGACACUUACAGACUCAGAAACUGAGCGGAUUGAGAGUCGAUUCCGAACAGCCGAGUGGUGUAGGCAAAAUGUACCGAAUGCUAUACGUCUCUUCCAUCGCAACAUUGAUGUAGAAACGUACAAUACUGAAACAUUACGCGAUCGGGAGGGUUACGAUUUUAUUGUAGACGAUAUUUUCACAGGCUACACGAACGCUGAACAGUUAGCAAGCGCUCGUAGUAAAGUUCAUAAAAUGAGCGUUGUGGAAACAGGUGGUCUACCUUAUUUAUUGCGAUUAACGACCGGAAUGCCCUAUAUGAUCACCACCAACAUUGACGUUGAAGAUGGGAUGGUUAAUGGUGCUAUAGGGGAACUCAAAUUCAUUGAGCACUGCGAUGAUGAUUCGGGUGAACGAAUUAUCCGACUAUGGAUGAAAUUUGAAAGUGAUAUUAUCGGUGCCACUUUGAAAAUAAAAUCUCGUCCUUUAGUGUACUCUAAACCAGCUCAGUUGCAAUUUGGUUGGGUUCCUAUUAUAAAGCGAUCGGCCAGCAUUAAGCUUGGUAAGAUCACUUGCAAACGAGUUCAAUUUCCGGUCGUUAGUGCGUGUGCGCUUACAGUACACAAAUCGCAGGGAGGUACAUUCUCUGAAGUUGUAUUUGACUACGACAAAGGUCUAGAACAACAAUUGGUUUAUGUUGGGCUGUCACGAGUCACAUCAAUGGAUGGGCUUUAUUUGACUAACUCGAAAAAUAAUUUCAAAUUUAAUCAUUGCAAGGGUAGUAAUUCACCCCGUAUUGCUGAACUGAGAACAGAGCUUGUACGUCUUUCAAAUCAUCAGCUGCCGACGAUUAGUGGUGUAUUGCUGGAUUUCAUUGAAACGGUAAAUCAUAGUUGUAGCUUAGUAAGUCACAAUGUACAAAGUUUACAAGCUCAUUCGUUAGAUAUUUCAACUGAUAAUUUACUAACCAAAGUUGAUAUUUUAGCCCUCAGUGAGACGUGGUUGAACAAUUGUUCUACUGUGGAUAUAAAGGGUUUUAGUUGUAUUGCUGAAUCCAAGCGCCCCCAUUCUAGAGCUGGUGGUGUUGCAAUUUAUCAGAGAACCUCUGCAUCUCCUAUGGCUGUUGUUCAUGAAAUCGAACAAGUUAGUGAGGAGUAUGAUGGGAAUUUAUCUUUGGCUGAUAAUAACGGUGACAUUUGUGCAACGGAAAUUUUGCUAAAAGAAAUUUCCUCCAGACAAUCCAGAUCCCGACUCUACUCCGCGUCGAGUGACUACUUGGAUCAAACUGACUCUACCUACGUCUCCGGCGCCCAAUGCAGAGUAUGCCAGCAUCACACUUCCUCGUUCGAUCUCUUUCUAUUCCGAGGGUUUACCGCCCAAGAUCCAAUGAGGUUGCCACCUGGUUGGAACGCAGCGGUUGGGAGUGGAACGUAUUUCCAGGUAGCAUUCUAA